AUGCUCCUCGCCUCCUUCUGUACCCAAAUCUGGCAGCUCUUUAUAACCCAAGGGGUGAUGCCCGCCCUGGGUUGGGGGAUGCUACUGCCGUUUGUGUUCACUUACCCUAGUCAGUGGUUUAAGCGUCUUAGGGCUAUGGCAACUGGGUUGGUUAUCGCUGGAGGUUCACUUGGGGGAGCGAUCGCCUCCCUUAUAAUCCGAGCGAUGCUCACCAAGCUCGGGUUCAGGAACACACUCCUAAUCUACUCCUUCGUCCAUGGAUGCGUGAUGCUCCUAGGCUGUUGCCUACUCAAGUCCCGCCCGAUCCCCGGUGCCCCCACACAGCCGGCUAGGAUCGUUUGGCUCGAUUGGGACAUUUUGAGGAACCCGAUGUUUUGGAGUGCGGCGGGGGCGAUGUGUUGUACUUGUUUCGGCUACCCAUCCCCACUCUACUUCAUGUCAACCUACGCAGCCUCCAAGCUCCCCCAUCUCAGCCCCACAUCCCUCUCAAUCCCACUAGCGAUCAACAACUUCUUCUCCGCUCUCGGCCGGACCCUGGUAGGCAGGCUAGCGGAUAGGAUAGGAGUGAUAAACGCUUUUGUGAUUAGUGUUACUCUUAGCGGGUUGAGUCAGCUUUUGAUCUGGAGGUGGGUGGAAAGUUAUGCGGGGAUUAUGGGGUUUGCGAUCGUUUUUGGUUUUUUUGGCGGCUGCUUCAUCUCCCUAGCGACACCCCUCGCAGCCUCCCUCUUCGGAGUGCACAACCUCGCAACUCUAUCGGGAAUGCUGCUCGUAUUUAACCUACCGGGGAAUACAGCUGGUGCACCGAUCUUUGGCGCGAUUUUGCGUGCUGGCGCCGGGGGCACUAGCACUGGGGAUGGGGGGGCAGGCGGAGCGGGGGCAGGGGAGAAUUGGAAUGGAGCGAUCGUCUUUAGUGGGAUGAUACAGCUUGUGGGAGUCUUGUGUAUUUGUUAUGCGAGGAUCCGAAAGGCGCCGCGGGUGUUUGCUAUCGCCUAA